CCACGGAUCUGAUUUUUGCGUGUCAGAAAUGCAGCUUAUAGGACAUAACUCAGUCUCCCAUCCUUUGUUCUGCCCUGCCUGAAAGGCUGUCCUUCAGGGUUCAAAAGGUUGACGCAUCCCUGGCUUAGAAGAAGUCACAUCCUUUGACCUGGAUUUCUUCUUUAUUGGGGUGGUAGUUCGUCAAGUGAUUAAAAGGCUGCAAGGCAACGGCUCUUCCUGUGAUUCUUUUAAUUACACCAGCCUGAAAAGGUAGAAUCAGAGGACUUGAUUGGGCUUUGGCAAGAGGAAGUGAGUCAACAAGAAAAAGAGCGAGUCGGACUUGUUCUCUGGCACACGACACCAGCCUAAUAAAGACUCCUCUCUCCCCAGAGCUAGAAACAGGAUUUAUUCCACUCUGCUCCAACCACUGGACGACACUGCCUCUUCCAGAGCUGAGAAGAGGUCCAGGGAGUUUGCCUCCAUCCGGCCAUCUACUUGAGCAAAGCAGAAAUCUGCCGCAGCAAAUCAGUGGUCGCCAGCCAUGGGGAGCCCCGGGGAGCCUCUGAGCCGCUUCUGGCGCUGGUACAUCUAUGCCAUCCACGGCUACUUCUCGGAAGUGAUGUUCACGGCCGCCUGGUCCUUUGUGGUGGACCGGGACUGGAAGUUCCAGGGGGUGACCAGCGUGUGGGCCCUCUUCAUCUACGGGACCUGCGGCCUGGCCCUCGAGCGCCUCUACGUCCUGCUCAAGGGCCGCAGCUUCCUGGUGACCCGCUGCGCCAUCUACACCCUGUGCAUCUACCUCUGGGAGUUCUCCACCGGUUAUGCGCUGCAAUGCUUCAACGCCUGCCCCUGGGACUACAGCCACUACCGGUACAACUUCAUGGGCCUCGUCACCCUGGAGUAUUGUCUCUUCUGGUUCGUCGGCGCCCUCCUGCUGGAGAAAAUCGUCAUCCGCAACGCCCUGCGGCUCAGGCUGGAUCCGGCCGGUAGCACCCAAGGGCGCCCCUUCCCCAGGUUCGAACUGAAAGAUGACUGAGUUCGGGGUAGCUCUGGAUGGAGAGAAAACCAGGGAGAUUUAAGAUCCCGGACAGUCAUACUCCAUCUUUUUCUUCCUUUGGACUAAUCGGCGGAGGAGGCGGCUAUCACAAUGGCCACACUCUUCCUCCGCGGUCAAGCGAUGCUCCUGAAGGCCCGUUGCUGGAAGCCGCAGGCGGGGAGAGUUGUUCUUGCACUCAGGUCCCACUUCCGGGUUUCCGGCAGCUUGGCCACAGGGUGUUGGGCUGGCUGGGCCCCUGAAAUAUACUCGGAGUCGAGAGUGGAUUUCAUGCUCUUUAUUCAGCUCAUAGUGGUGAGGAGGAAUGGAAGUUCCCCCGAAAUGUCUGCUUUAUAUACAUAAUUUACACAAUGGGCCCCACGUGAUUGGCUAAUUCCGGGAUUCUCCUGUAGGCCAAUCAAGUUGCGGAUUCACUUCCACCCGGAGUUGGAUUGGGUGGCUCCUGCAGACCAAUCAGACUGCUGCAUUCUGGGUCCUAUUGUUCUAGGACCAAUCAGACUGCUGCAUUCUGGAUCCUAUUGUUCUAGGACCAAUCAGACUGCUGCGCUCUGAAUCCUAUUGUUCUAGGACCAAUCAGACUGCUGCAUUUUGGAUCCUAUUCAACUCAGUGCAUAACAGCCCCGAUCCAGCAGACUUUUUCUUCUUCUUUGCAAUAUACCCCAAGCCUUGCUUUCCCUCCUUGCAAGGCGAGGGGCAAAGAGUGCCUGAACCCUUCCGACUUUGAGUUUGAGCCAUGGAUUCGAAUCCUCCCCCACCAGCCACUGGGUGACCCUGGACUCUGGUGACGGUCUCCCGCUUUCACCUACCUCACAGGCUUGCCGUGAGAAGAAGGCAGUAAACACCGCGAUCCUGGAGCCGUGGCGGAAAGGGGUCUCGUGGGAUCGGAAGGAUCGAACCCAGGACUUCCGCAGGCCAGGCAAAUGCUCUAACCACUGAGCCACAGCUGUCCCCCUGGGAUCAUAGACUUGCAAGCGUUUCAACCCCCUCAUACAAUGAGCUAAUCUCUCAGCGGAGAGCAACACUGGGAGCUGGGUCCGUUUAGCUCAUAUUGUCAACACUGGGCAGCAUCGGAUCUGCAGGAGUUCAGCGGGAGACUUUUCCAGCCCUGCCUGGGGAUUUCUUAUUAUUUCUAUUUAUUUAUUAAAUAUGCUGCUGUGGAAUGAAUUUGGGUCCUGUUCCUGUAUGCGCAGCAGUCGCAACAGCCCUGAUUCGCGGCUCGCCCCCUAAAAAUAUACCAAGAUGCCAGAUUCUGAAAAAGGGAUG